AUGGACAGAGAAUGGGGUUCGAAGCCAGGCAGCGGAGGCGCCGCCUCCGCCCAGAACGAGGCUAUCGACCGCCGCGAGCGUCUCCGCCGUCUCGCCCUCGAGACAAUCGAUCUUGCGAAAGAUCCCUAUUUCAUGCGCAACCACCUCGGCAGUUAUGAGUGUAAGCUGUGUCUGACUUUGCACAACAAUGAAGGAAACUACUUGGCUCACACUCAAGGGAAGCGACACCAGACCAAUUUGGCUAAGAGAGCUGCUCGCGAGGCUAAAGAUGCUCCUGCUCUCCCUCAGCCUAACAAGCGCAAAGUUAACAUUCGCAAGACAGUCAAAAUUGGCAGGCCUGGGUACCGGGUGACAAAGCAAUUCGAUCCAGAGACAAAGCAGAGGUCUCUUCUCUUCCAAAUUGAAUAUCCGGAGAUAGAAGACAAUACAAAACCAAGACAUCGAUUUAUGUCAUCUUAUGAGCAGAGAAUUGAGGCUAAUGAUAAGAGGUUUCAAUAUCUUUUAUUUGCUGCAGAACCUUAUGAGACCAUUUCUUUCAAGGUUCCUAGCACAGAGAUUGACAAAUCUACUCCUAAGUUCUUCUCACAUUGGGAUCCAGACUCCAAGAUGUUCACACUGCAGUUAUAUUUUAAAUUGAAGCCACCAGAGGCAAACAAACCUCAAUCUGUUGCUGCAACCAACGACACAGUGCCUUCCCAACCACCACCACCCCCUCCACCGCAAGGACUACCAGCCGGAUCUAGACCCCCACCACCACCGUUGCCUGCAUCAUUACCCCCUCCGCCUCCCAUGGGUAAUGGCCCUAGGCCUAUGCCCCCAGGUGGAGCUCCACCUGCCCCACCUCCACCGCCCGGUGGCAGUGGUGCAAUGGCGAAUUUCACACCUGGCACUCAGGUGGGCAGGCCUCCAAUGCUGCCUCCCCAAGGUUUUCCUGGCCAACAGAUGCAAGGCCAGGCUAUACGUCCACCCCCACCACCUCCCAACAUGGGACAGUAG